CCUAAUGUCAUAGCCCUCCAUCCAAUCGAAGAGGACGCGGCAGAGACUCUGCUGCCUGUCAGUUUCUUCCCGGAUCUGAGCUCCUGAGCGCCCGGAGAUGCAGUGCUGUUGAUCCAGGUGUGAGUCUUGAAGGUUAAUCGGACGGACGGAUCGUCUGCUAUUGCAGGAAAGGCAUCCUGUCCUGCUCAUGUUCCAUCAUCGGCUUGGUUCUAAUCAUCACCUCCAGGGGGUUCUACACAGACCAACAUGCUGCACUUCACUGUGCUCCUCCUCUGCCUCCUGUCCCUGACUCUCACUUCCACUGACGAUGCUACAGGUUACGGGCCGGUGUUUGAGGAUCAGCCGGUCGACACCAUCUACCCCGAGGAGUCACCUGAGGCCAAAAUCACCCUGAGCUGUCGAGCACGAGCCAACCCACCUGCCACAUACACGUGGAGAUUAAACAGCAGGAAUAUAGACCAGGAUGAAGACAACCACUACACUUUGGUGGGAGGCAACCUGGUCAUCUCUAACCCCAUCAAGAACAAACACGUUGGGAAGUACACCUGUAAGGCCACCAACGACUACGGCACUGUGGUCAGCAGAGAAGCCGCUGUCCAGUUUGGAUACCUGGACUUCUUCUCCUCUGAGGAGAGAGAGGCAGUGUAUGUGAAGGAGGGCCAGGGGGCAGUGCUGCUCUGCGCUCCUCCCCCACACUACCCAGACGAGCUGUCAUUCCGCUGGAUUCUGAAUGAGUUCCCCGUCUUCAUCCCUCUGGAUAAACGUCGCUUCAUCUCUCAGACUACAGGGAACCUCUUCAUCUCUAAGGUGGACUCGUCUGACAGCGGAAACUACUCCUGCUUCGUCUCUAGUGCCUCCAUCGCCAAGAGCGUCUUCAGCAAGUUCAUCCCACUCGUCCCCCUGGCUGAACGCCCAAUAAGGAAGUACCCUGCUGAUAUCAAAGUCAAGUUCCCAGACACCUUUGCACUGGUGGGCCAGAACAUCACACUGGAAUGCUUCGCCCUGGGAAACCCCAUCCCUCAGAUCCGCUGGAGGAAGAUGGACGGAGAGCUGCCGGCCAAUCAUGAAGUCAGCAUGGCAGGGGCCCACCUCCAACUGUACCACGUGCAGUAUGAGGACGAGGGGACGUACGAGUGUGAGGCCCUCAACUCCAAAGGGAAGGAUUGGCACCGGGCUCGGGUCUCUGUAGAAGCCUUCCCAGAGUGGACAGAGUCCAUCAGCAGUACAGAGCGGGACAUCAGCAGUGACUACACCAUGUCCUGUGAGGCCAGCGGCAAGCCCAAGCCCCACGUCCACUGGCUCAAGAACGGCUACCCGUACGAUAAGCAUGAUCUGAAGUUCAGAGGACUGACGUUUGAGGACUCUGGGAUGUACCAGUGUAGAGCGGAGAAUCGGCAUGGAGUCGUCUAUGCUGACGCAGAGCUGCGUGUGAUUGCGUGCUCCCCUACGUUUGAGCAUAACCCAGUAAAGAGGAGGAUCCUGGGGGCUAAGAACGGCCGUGUGGUCCUAGAGUGUAGACCUAAAGCUGCUCCCAAAGCCUCACUGUCCUGGAGCAAGGGCUCUGAACUCCUCUUCAACUCCAGCAGGAUGUUAAUCUGGGAGGAUGGUAGUCUGGAGAUCCUGAAUGUGACCAGGGCAGACGAGGGGCGCUAUACCUGCUUUGCUGAGAACGACCGGGGCAAGGCCAACAGCACAGGUUUCCUCUCUAUCACAGAGGCCACUAAGAUCACCUUGGCUCCGUCCAACGCGGACGUGACGGCUGGCGAGAGCGCCAGCAUGCAGUGUGCCGCAUCACAUGACUCAACGCUGGACAUCACGUUCGUCUGGACCAUGGACGGCCGCUCCAUCGACUUCGACCGGGACGGGUCCCACUACGAACGCAACCCGAAUGGUGGGUCCAGUGGAGAGCUGAUCAUCAAGAACACCCAGCUGAAUCACUCUGGACGUUACACCUGCACCGCCCAGACCCCCGUAGACAACGUCUCCGCAUCCGCUGACCUGGUCGUCAGAGGUCCCCCUGGGCCUCCAGGUGGGGUACGUGUGGAGGAGAUCAGGAACAAGAGUGUCCGUCUGAUCUGGAGCAGUGGAGCAGACAACCACAGCCCCAUCUCUAAAUACACCGUCCAAUGCCGGGACUGGUUCUCUCAGGAAGACUGGAGAGAUGCCACCACAUCCCCUCCGGAUGUGGAAGGCAAUGCAGAGACAGCCACAGUGGUGGACCUGUUUCCCUGGACAGAGUAUGAGUUUAGGGUGAUAGCCACCAACACCCUGGGGACAGGAGACCCCAGCAGCCCCUCUCCCAAAGUCACCACGUUGGAGGCUGUUCCCGUGGUGGCGCCCUCAGACAUUGGCGGUGGUGGCGGGACCAGCAAGGAGCUGACCAUCACUUGGACGCCGGUGCAGCCGCAGUACUACUACGGCCGCAACUUUGGCUACAUCAUCGCCUUCAAGCCCCACGAUGUCUAUGAAUGGAUGAAGGUGACUGUGGCAGACCCCGAGGCUAAACACUAUGUCCACAAAGACUCAUCCAUCCCCGCCUCCACAGAGUUCCAGGUCAAAGUCAAGGCUUUCAACAUUAAAGGAGAAGGACCCUAUAGUCUCACGGCUGUUAUCUACUCUGCACAAGACGUGCCAUCCGAAGCCCCUGCCAGUGUGGAGGCCAGGGCGUUGUCUGCCACUGAGGCCAUUGUGUGGUGGCUCCCUGUCAUCCAGCACACCGUUGAAGGAUACCAGGUGCGGUACUGGAUGAAAGUGGAGGACAGAGAGGCAUCCAGUCAGAGAGUGGUGGUGUCCAGCAGAGAGAACCAGACAAGGUUGGAGAACAUGAGGCCAAACUCCCCCUACCUCAUAGAGGUCAGGGCCUACAAUGCAGCCGGAUACGGACCCCCCAGCCAUCACUUCCAGAUCUACACCAAAAAAGCCCCCCCAAGCCGGCCUCCUAAAAUAAUCAGUAAAAAGCUAAAAGGAACGUCAGUAAACAUCGCCUGGGAACAUGUCGAACCCUUGGCCAACGAAUCAACAAUAGAUGGAUACAAGGUCUUGUACAGGAAGGCUGGCCUCUCCACAGGUCUACUGUAUACCACAAGGAAGCGAUCCAUAGACCUGCCCAUGCCCAGGGACGGGGACUGCGUAGUGGAGGUCAGGGCCCAUAGCGAGGGAGGAGAUGGGGCUGUGGCCCAAGUACGCAUCUCAGGUGGAGCCGUCAUGGUCACCCAGUCCCUCAGCCUGGCCUCUCUGCUCCUGGUGGCCAUGUUGUGCCUGCUGGCCCUCUGAAUGUACUGCAUCUUUCUCUGUCUACACUGCCCAGUCCAGUGAAGGAGACGAGGUUGACGCCUAUUAUGACUUUGGUUCCCACAAUCUUUGGUUUCACCCUGAAGGCCAAAGGAUCAUUUCCCCACCUCGAGGAAUAGGGCUUUGUUUGUGGAGAGAAAAAAAAAACCACAAUAAGAAAUGUGUAUAAAGGACGAAGAAUGACAUCUGGAAUAUCUCUUAAAUCAUACCUACAAUGUCUUUGAAGGAGGAGCGUCAAAAGGAAGUUGUUCAACUUUUUCAAUAUGCCUUAUAUGUAGACAGUUACACUUGUCUUUCACAAUGACUCUAACUGGGUGAGGUGUGAGUGCUGAGGUAGUGCACAACGUCUGUAAGUAACUGUCAAAUAUAUUGUGAUAAGGGCCUUUCUUGUUCCUUCAUAAAGGUGCAGUAGCUUGGAAGUGUGUGUUUCAUUUGACGUGGGACAUUUAUGGAUCAUCGAUACAACGUUUGCGUUCCACAUAUAAAGCAUAAGCUAAGCAGGUGAUAUAGUUGUGAAGGAUAAGUCUACAAGUUUACUAAAUUGUCUUUAUAUUUCAAUUACAUUUCGGUGGCUUUUUUUUAGUACUUUUGAAUACAUUUUUUUUUUUCAAGGUGAAACAUACCCUCCCCUUCCAGAGUCAAAUCAAAUCUCUACUCAAGGUCCUUGGCAUAUAUCAGAGUUUUAUUAUCAAACAUCAUCAGACAAAAGAGGAAUUUAUGUCAUGCUAAUAUAAUAUAUGCAAUAAUGUUUAUGGUUUUGCCAUCUCACAAGUACAUAUAGCCUACUAUUAACGAUGUAACAUCAUUGUUCCCAGAAACAUUGAUUUUAUCUCCCAAAAAAACAUGCUUAUUUCCAACUCAUAACAUUCUCUAAAUUAAUGGGAGACCAGUUUGCAAGUGUUUGCAUGUAUCUGAAAGAGUUUACUGACAAAACAUGAUAAACUUCUUAGCCGGAGUGAUGCCUGCAUUUUUAGCACAUGUCCAUGUGUGUUUGUAAAGUUGAAUGUAUUGAAUAACUGUGGAAAUGAGCUUUAAAACAUAUCAGACCUGCAGUUUCUAACAUCAUAUAAACAAUGUGUAACAGUGGUGCAUUUGGUUUGGUUGUCAGGACAACUGUCCUGUGACCGUCAUGUGUCCAAUGUUGUUAAAGUGUCCAAUUGGAGGAACCAUGAAUAAACUGAGUUUGGAAUCAUAAAUAGAAUUCUAGAAUGGGUAUUUGCCAUUCUUUUUGUCCUGUUCUUAGGAUUCUAUUGCUAUGGUUGGAAUAUCCAAUGAAAGAGUACAUGGAGCACAAAAAGUGGUUUGUUUUGACUGUUGUUAAGACUUCAGUGGUAGACUAUAAAUGCUGGUGCUUUGUAAAGAAUGCUGCCAUCUUGUUCAUGUCUUAACUGUUUUCUAUGUUUUCAUAUCUUUAUUAAUCAACGUCUCAGUGUGAGUCGCAGUGUUAACAGUUCUGCAGUAAUACAUUAUAACGUCUGUCUGAAUCUUCAAUCGUUCUUUCUAUUUUAUUACAUAUAACACAACCUGCCUAGCGUCUAAAACAGUGAUGCUAUUAUCGUGUAUCAUUGUGUAUAAACUGGUGCAAAGCACAAGAGAAAAAAAAAUAAACUAUCGAAAUCAAUAUCUGAGAAUAACCAUCCGAAGCUCAUACAUUUGUCCUACUAUUAUUGCAACAUUGUUUUUUAUUUUUUUAUCAAUAACAUGAGUGUGAUCAGAGUUAUACUGUAUACGGGAUGCAUUAUCAAUUGGUGUUGUUGUUUUUGUUUUUAUGUUUGUGAUUAAUAUAUUUCAUCCUGAUGACCCACCACUGGUUCAACAGUAGAUGUUUAUUACGAUCAUGUACCACUGAAAAUUCUGUGUUUUUGAUUGCUCUGCGAAUCCAUGUUCAGUGUGACUGAGUGAUGCUAGCCAUUCUUCUACCAGCUGUGGUCCACAGAGUUACGUGUGGCUUGCUAACGCAAGGCUCAGGUAGCUCCCUGGACCAGAAGCUAUGCUUCUUCUAUAUACAUUGUGACUAUAUCAACAAAACAUCCACCACAAAGUGCUUUUUCUCAGUUUCCCCUCAUGCAACAAAUCAUCGAAAGAGUUGCCAAAUGCAUGAAUGCCUUGAACUUAUUUGUUAUUUCGAAGGAAACGGUUGCUAAGAAAAUGAUUGCCAUGGAAAUGGUUGCUAUUACUACAUCCUCUAACAUGCAUGACAUUGGAAAUGAAUGGUAUAGGCCUGUAUGGUAAAAAAAAAAACUCCAUCCAUACAUUGCAAUGAGUCAACGUCAUACAUUCAGGCUUCCUAUCAGCUUCAUAUGAACUCAACUGCCUUUGUGGUAAACAAUAAUAAACAUUCAUUCAGUCAUGAGUGAAAUCCCUUUAUGUCAGAGACUGUAUAAUGUUUGCAUACUGUACUUUCUCUAGAUAAGCCUAACAUGUUCAUUAGUUGCCUCAAGCCAGUCAUCUCAAGGGGAAGUCUAUGUAGGGCAGUUUACUGUAGUUGUAAAAUUACGAAAUCUUUCAAUAAAUUACCUGAUUUUUCCAGAAAUACUCAAACUAGAAUUUCUGGGAAUUUGGGGGAAGGUUUCUGGAAUUUUUCCAUCGUAAAGGGUGGUUAAGGUUUUAGGGAGAAAAACCUUAACUGGCUAAAGGAAUCUCAGUCAUUCAGUAGGUUCAGUACUGGUCAGUCCUGCAGUCUCAUUCCUUACUGUAAGAUUGGUUGGGGUUUGAUGACCGCUGUGGUUGAUGAUGCAGCAGUGUUUGGCUGUAUAUUGUUCAGUGCUUUGUUCAUACUGUAAUGAAUAGGACAUGUUGAGAGGGAGGGGUGAAACUGGACUCUCAUUGUCUGGACUUAAAAAGAACAAUAAAAUAAUAGUUACUGUAACUAUUCA